UGGGAUCACCCCGGAAGGACACGUGGCCAUCAGGGAAGAAGAUGCACAAAUGAUGGCCACAGUAUUCUCCUGGCGAUCGGACCAUUCGUUUAUCUCGGCGCCACCACCCGAGUCGGCGAAACAAGCACACACGAAGCAGAUCGAUGUCCGGAUCCGGGAUCAGCCUUAUGAACUACACGUUCCACAGUACGUGCCUGAUGAGAUUCAUCGUUUAAUUGCUGACAUUUUGACGGAAUAUCAUGGAGCGAUUAGUGUGACGGAUACGGAUAUCGGACUGUCAUUGGUUAUACAGCACGAGAUUCAGACCGGAAAUCACUCCCCGAUACACUGCAAACCCUACAGGUAUUCCCUGGUGGAACGGAAAAAGGCUCUCGAACGGAUUCGGGAGUUCGAAGAGAGCGGAUGGAUUGAACCCGCUACUGGACCUUGGUCCUUUUCUGUAGUAUUGGUGCCGAAAAAGAACGGGUCGAUCCGCAUAUGCAUCGAUUAUCGCAAACUAAAUGACAUCACGAUUAAAGAUGUGUAUCCCCUUCCCCGGAUUGAUGAUUUGCUGGAUGCGAUCGGGUGUGCUAAUUACUUCAGUAAGUUUGACAUUCGGCAUGGCUUCCAUCACAUUCUGGUAAAGGAGGAAGAUCGGUCGAAAACCGCUUUUGUACUGUUUGAGGGCACGUGGCAGUGGGUUCGAUGUCCGAUGGGGAUUUGCAACGCGCCUGCCACGUUUCAACGGGCCAUGAACGUGACAUUUCAGAACUUCGUCAACAAGACACGGCUGACUCAAGGAAUGAUCAACUUCUGCGUAAUUGUGUAUAUGGAGGACAUCCUGGUCUACUCGGAAACCUAUCACGGGCACGCUCAACACAUUGAGUGGACAUUGGGCGCAUUGAGGGAUGCCGGGUUCAAAAUCGCACUCGAAAAGAGCGAAUUUUUCCUUUCGGAAAUUUCGUUCUUGGGGUACUUGGUGACACGUGGAGGGCUGCGACCAGAUUCAAGAAAAGUUGCGGCCGUGAGAGAAGCCCCGGUUCCUAUGUCGCUGACGCAGGUUCGAGCCUUCUUAGGCCUGGCAUCGUACUACCGCCGUUUUAUCAAGGGUUUUGCGGCGAUCGCGCGGCCUCUUACGAACCUGCUCCGGAAGGACCAGUCGUUUCAGUGGGACGCUGAGUGUGAGCAAGCCUUCGUCACGCUCAAGGAGACCCUAGCUACUGCACUGAUUCUGAUCCGGCCGGACCCUGCCAAACAAUACAUACUUAUAACGGACUGGCAGCCGGAAGCAAUCUCCGCCAUUCUAGCGCAGAAGGGGAACGAUGGUCGUGAACACGUCAUCGAGUACGCGUCGCGAACGGUGCCAGACGAACGAAGGAACGACUCAGCACCGCAAGGCGAGUGCCAUGCAGUAGUUUGGGGAAUCCAGCACUUCCAUCCGUAUCUCUACGGACAUAAGUUCCUCCUUCUGACUGAUCACGAGCCACUGCUACCACUAAAGAAGCUCGCCAAUUACACGGGUAUGAUUGGACGAUGGGCGUGGGGGCUCUGGCGGGAGCACUUCGUCGAUCUUUCGGUGUGCCUGGUCAGGGUGAGGAUUACGUGGACGCGGGACGAGGAACACCGCGAGUGGAUUGAGUACCUCGAGCUGCUGAUCAUCCAGGCCUGGAUGACGAACGUAGAAGGCGAUCUCCUCGGAUUCCUUUCCGGAUCGGUGUGGCCCGGCCAUCGCCAGCUCAUCACGCAGGAGCUCAAGGUUCCCCUUGCGCAAUUGGCUGACGAUCUCCCUCUUGAGAUCGCCUCGCUGAGUGACGAAAGCCUGGUCCCGCACGUCCUCUCACGGACGUUGACGCCAUAUCUUCAGUGGUCCGUGUGCUUAGAGGAGCCGGGAAGCGACCGCAACCCGCCGUCACAGCGCGAUUAUUUGAAUCCGCACGAAAUCGUCUAUCUCGCAUUCUUUCAGGAUCAUACGACCUCCGAGAAUGAGGCGAUAGAGAUUGAAGAGGAAGAGGAAAUCUCGGGAGAAGAAGAAGAAGCCGAAGAAGAGGACGACGACGAGGAAACCCCGAAAGAGGGAAGUUAUAGUGAGCACAGCGAAGGAGAACAAAGUCCCGAAGAGGAGGAAGAGGAACAAGAAGAAGAUGAGGAGGAGCUAAAGGAGUCCGAGUACCAAGGGUUUGAGGAGGAGGUGUGUGCGGAGGCUCGAGCGCAGAAGAGGGAGGAGAUCGCGGACGGGAAGCGACAACUGGAGUUUGCCAGCGCAGUAGAUCGGCCGAUCGUCGACGAUCCUGGGCGAAAUCCGGAGCCGCCCAAGCCCGAAGACAGAGACCCUGCGGCCGAGACUUCGAGCGCACCGGCCGGACGGCGACGAAACCGAUCCCCCUCCCCCUCCACCUCAGCCCGUCCCCCAGUUCGUCAACGUACCAAUGCGGGCCAUCGGGCUUCCAAAUUUGAUAUUCGUCACGGUUUUUAUCAUAUUCUGGUCAAGGAGGAAAAUCGACCGAAAACGGCGUUCGUACUGCUUGAGGACACGUGGCAAUGGGUUCGGUGCCCUAUGGGGAUUUGCAACGCGCCAGCUACGUUCCAGCGAGCUAUGAAUGUGACCUUCCAGAACUUCGUCAACAAGACACGGCUGACCCAGGGGAUGAUCAACUUUUGCGUCAUCGUGUACAUGGGCGACAUCUUGGUCUACUCGGAAACCUAUCAUGGAUAUGCGCAGCAUAUCGAGUGGACGCUGGGAGCUAUGAGAGAUGCUCAAGAUCGCGCUGGAGAAGAGCGAGUUCUUCCUUUCGGAGCUCUCGUUCUUGGGUUAUGUAGUGACACGUGGAGGUUUGCGGCCAGACUCAAGAAAGGUCGCAGCGGUGAAAGACGCCCUGUUCCCACAUCGUUGACGCAGGUUCGAACUUUUCUUGGACUGACGUCAUAUUACCGCCGUUUUAUCAAAGGCUUUGCGGCGAUUGCGCGGCCUCUCACGAAGCUGCUACGGAAGGACCAACCUCUCAGUUGGGAUGCAGAGUGCGAACAGGCCUUCGCUACCCUCAAAGACGCCCUGGCUACUGCACCUAUUUUGAUCCGGCCGGACCCGGCGAAGCAGUUUAUUCUCAUCACAGACUGGCAGCCGGAGGCGAUUUCCGCUAUUUUAGCGCAGAAGGGGAACGACGGCCGUGAACAUGUCAUUGAGUAUGCAUCGCGCACAGUGCCAGAUGAACGGAAGAACGAUUCGGCCCCGCAAGGCGAAUGCUACGCGGUAGUUUGGGGAAUUCAGCACUCCCAUCCGUAUUUCUACGGACAUAAGUUUCGCCUUGUGACAGAUCACGAGCCACUGCUGGCUCUGAAGAAGCUCACUAAUUACACAGGCAUGAUCGGGCGAUGGGCAGUGCGCCUGCAGGAGUACGACUUCGACAUCAUCCAUCGGAAGACGGAGAGGCACGGGAACGCUGACGGGCUGACACGUUUGCAUCGACCGGCCAAGGUGCCUAAGGGCGAGGAAAUCAUUCCGUGGAAGGAACCAGAAUCGGCAAACGGACCUAAGUACGGAAAGGUGGCAGUUCUGCCACGUGGCAAGAAACGGACAAAUGGCAAUGGGUGACGGAGGUAAUCUUCCAACUCCUCUCUCUCCCCUUUCCUCUUCGUCUCUUCUCUCCCUACCCGACAAAUUUUGUUAUUUUUGCG